CAGUUGGUAAGGAGAAAACUCUCAAAGUUGUGUAAACUACAAAACAAUCAUGGCGGUGUCAAUGGCGAAACCCAUCUCAAUAACUUCUCUCGGAUUCUAUUCUGAUCGAAAGAACAUUGCUUUCGCUGAUUGCAUUUCGAUUUGUUCUGGAUUCAGACAUUCUCGACCAUCUUGCCUCGAUUUGGUCACAAAAUCAUCGAGUAACACUCGUGUUUUACCUGUCGUUAGAGCCGAAGGCUCUUCUGACUAUAUUCCAGACUCAAAAUUUUACAAAGUUGAAGCAAUUGUCAGGCCAUGGAGAAUUCAGCAUGUUUCCUCGGCUUUAUUGAAAAUCGGGAUUAGAGGUGUUACUGUUUCUGAUGUUCGAGGGUUCGGUGCACAAGGUGGUUCCACUGAGAGACAUGGUGGCUCUGAGUUCUCGGAAGACAAGUUUGUUGCUAAAGUUAAAAUGGAAAUCGUUGUUAAGAAAGACCAAGUGGAAUCUGUAAUCAGCACAAUAAUUGAUGGAGCCAGGACAGGAGAGAUUGGUGAUGGAAAGAUUUUCGUUUUACCUGUGUCAGAUGUCAUAAGAGUUCGGACAGGUGAGCGUGGGGAGAAAGCAGAGAAGAUGACCGGUGAUAUGCUUACACCGUCGUAGGAGCAAACCGAGCUCAAGAGUGGUGUUAUCAAUGCGGUCUCUAGAUCUAAUUUCUGCGAAAUAAUAAUGAAUGGAGUCUUGUGUUUGGUUUUCUGUUGAAUCGAUCAAGAUGUGUUUAACUGUACAUGAAUUAUGCAGAAACAUCUGUCCUGGUUCUCUGACAUUGAAACUCUCUUCCUAAUAAAAACUGAAGUUCCUGUUUUUA